AUGACGAGUGACGGGGAAUCCGAUGGGGGUGGGGUUUUUUUUGGGGCUAUACGCUGCAAUUCUACCCUCCUCUUGGAAGCAGAAAGAGAUGUGAGGCUAUUGGACUUCAAUAAGAAUACUUCUCCGAAACCAAUCUCCUGCAACAGCGCUUUGGGGAAAGAGAAUUGUGGAAAUUCGCAGGAUACGGCGAGAAUCAAUACUGAAUUCAAUGGGAGUGGACCUUCUCUUGGGACUGUUCCCUCGGGAGUGCCUCACGUUUCUACCAUCAAGGGUUUUUUUCAGAAAUUGACUUCUGUCUCCAACAAGAGAGUUUCUCUUGAAUCAACUUCUGUGGAGCCUGGUUCCUCCAGCAAGAGCGAUAAUUUCUCUCUAAAACCGAAAGAGGUGAAAAAAGAGGAUGAUGAUUUGUGGAAGUACUUUGGUGCUCCUUCCUUCAACUUUGCGGCCUCAAUGGAGAUAUCCCCAUUUUUCAAUUAUAAGGGAAGCUCUACAUCUCUACAACCUGAGAAGGUGAAAACAGAGGAUUUCGAGUUUCUUCAUGCUCGAGGUCAUUACCGUGAAUGCCACUGCAAUAUCUCACCCUCAAAAAAGUUUAUAUUGGUCUACAACAAGGUUCCUAAUGAAGCACUCCCUCAGGUAGAAAGGGGAACCACAACUUUAGCUUUUAUUUUCAAAGACGCGAUCUCCUUCCCAAAGCUUGUUCAAAUUACAUCUCACAUUGUUGCCACCAUUUCUGGAGGAAGUGAAUAUUUGCUCUCCAAUUUGAAAAGGAAGUGUGACGAGGAACUCAAGGGUGGGAAAACAGUAGUUGUUGAAAAGGUGGCAAAGUGGCUGGCUGACGAUUUGGCUCCUCAGGGAUUGUCAGUAGGAGUAUUGAUUGGUGGGUGGGGCGAUGAUGGUCCAGUCCUGUAUCAAGUGAACCACAGGGGGGAAGUGGUGAAAAAGAAGAGGCUGUCUUCUACUGGAUCUGGUUCAAGUUGGGCUCGUGUGUAUGUGGGUUUCAGGUGGCACAAGAUGAUGUCUGAAACUGAUGCUGAAGAUUUGGCAAAAGAUGCCAUCUGUUAUGCUGCUUGUAAAGCUCUUUACAGUGGUGAUUUUGCGAGUGUUUACCGUGUAGGGAGUUCUGGUUGUCAGAUGAACAUUUCUGGAUUUGACAUUGGAAAAUGGCGAAAUGAAAACAAGCAGCUCUGGUGGCCCGAUGUUUAUGAACACAUCUCAGCUUAUCCUCCAUAUUGA